GGCGUCGUGGUGGCAGGGGGGAAGUGACGUCGCGGCCGUGUCCGCGCGGCCCCCUGGCGGCGGCGGGGCGCGGCGCUGACACGUCGCUCCAGUGGCAGUGUGACCGGCAGUGAGGUGCGGCGUGCGUCUGGCUGUCUAAGGGCUGACCUCACUCCGGCAACAUGGGCAUAAAAUUCCUUGAAGUAAUAAAGCCGUUCUGUGCAGUUCUGCCAGAAAUUCAGAAACCAGAGCGAAGAAUUCAGUUCAGGGAAAAGGUAUUAUGGACAGCCAUCACCCUCUUCAUCUUUUUAGUCUGCUGCCAGAUUCCAUUAUUUGGGAUCAUGAGCUCGGACUCAGCCGACCCUUUCUACUGGAUUCGUGUUAUUCUGGCCAGCAACAGAGGAACCUUGAUGGAGCUGGGUAUCUCCCCCAUUGUCACCUCAAGUCUCAUCAUGCAGCUUUUAGCAGGAGCAAAAAUCAUAGAGGUUGGAGAUACUCCCAAGGACCGUGCCCUGUUUAAUGGAGCACAGAAAUUGUUUGGCAUGAUGAUCACCAUUGGUCAAGCCAUUGUUUACGUUAUGACUGGUAUGUAUGGUGACCCUUCAGACCUUGGUGCUGGUGUCUGUCUUCUCAUCAUCAUCCAGCUGUUUGUGGCUGGACUGAUUGUACUGCUGCUGGAUGAGUUACUUCAGAAGGGUUAUGGCCUUGGCUCUGGCAUCUCCCUCUUUAUUGCCACAAACAUCUGUGAAACUAUCGUGUGGAAGGCCUUCUCCCCUGCCACUGUGAACACUGGCCGUGGUACCGAGUUUGAGGGUGCAGUCAUUGCCCUCUUCCAUCUCUUGGCUACAAGGCAGGACAAGGUGCGAGCUCUCCGUGAGGCCUUCUACCGCCAGAACCUGCCCAACCUGACAAACCUACUGGCCACUGUCCUCAUCUUUGGCAUUGUCAUAUACUUCCAGGGCUUCCGAGUGGACUUACCUAUCAAGUCAGCUCGCUACAGAGGACAAUAUUCCUCUUACCCCAUCAAGCUCUUCUAUACUUCCAACAUUCCCAUCAUCCUGCAGUCUGCCCUCGUCUCCAACCUCUAUGUAAUUUCUCAGAUGUUGGCAGUGAAGUUCCAAGGUAACUUCUUUGUUGGUCUUCUGGGUGUUUGGGCUGACACUGGCUCAGGAGGUCCUGGCCGAGCCUCAUACCCUGUUGGGGGUUUGUGCUACUACAUGUCUCCACCAGAGUCCUUUGGCCACAUCCUGGAAGACCCUUUUCAUGCAGUUAUCUACAUUGGAUUCAUGCUUGGUUCAUGUGCCUUCUUCUCUAAAACCUGGAUUGAAGUAUCAGGAUCAUCCGCUAAAGAUGUUGCCAAGCAGCUUAAAGAACAGCAGAUGGUAAUGCGGGGUCACCGCGAGAAGUCCAUGAUUCAUGAACUGAACCGUUACAUUCCCACUGCAGCUGCCUUUGGUGGUCUGUGCAUCGGAGCGCUAUCAGUGUUAGCAGACUUCCUUGGAGCAAUUGGAUCAGGAACAGGUAUCCUGCUGGCUGUAACCAUCAUCUACCAGUACUUUGAAAUAUUUGUUAAGGAGCAGAGUGAAAUGGGUGGGAUGAGUACUUUACUGUUUUAAGUUCACAUGAGAGGUUUGAAUGUUUUCUGCCGUUAAACAAGUUGUUCAUACGAUCAUCAUAAAUAUGUGGAAGACAGUUGCAUUGGUUGGUAGUUUAUCUAUCAAACUGCUUGUUAUUAUUUGGGUAAUGUCUCCCACAUCCUAGUUUGUCUUCAAGAUAUAUUUAUUUUCCUCGUAUCGAUGGACUGAGGGUUGUGUGAGAGAAAACCUGAAAUAAGUUUUGUUAAGGAGCUAAUAUUUUCAACUGUUAGGGGGGAGAAAUAUUUUGACAAUUUUUUGGGAUAUAUAUUCUGAGAACUUGGUAUAUGGAUGUAAAUUGGCUGGAGGGUAUGUUUGUGUUGAGAAUAUUUGUUUUCUGUGAUUGAGCAGUAGAAAGAGUGAGUGAGUGAGUGAGUGACUUGGUGUAAAUGUUUGUACUUUUUACAAAUAGUAGAGUAAGAUGUAACAAAUCAAUAAAGGAAAAAAAAUU